AUCCACACACACGCACAUGUUAUAUAUACACAUAGACAUAGACUUACAUAUUAUUCAUUCUAUUCAUCAGUUAAACUAAAACAAGAAGCAAAAACAUUUAUUACUACCAAAUGGCUCCGUGUCGUACGAUGGUUCUGCUCUGUCUUGUCCUGUUUCUGGCGACCAGUAGCUCUUCUGUGGCCGCCACAAGAAUUGGAGCCACGGUGAAGACGAAGGAUAUGAAGAGCUUAGGGUUUAAAGACAGCCUUAUUUCUGGUUACUUGCCCAAAGGUGUUCCCAUUCCUCCUUCUGCUCCUUCUAAGAGACACAACUCUCUCGUUGACUCUCUUCCUCAUUGAUUCUUUUUUCUUCAUAAUUUUGUUGUUUAUUCAAUGUAAUUUUUGGGGUUUUGUUUUGUAGUUUCAGAUCUGCAUAGUUACUUAUAAGAUAUACUGUUUGUAUAUGUUUGCAUUUUUGUUUUGUAGUUUUAAAUCUUCAUAGUAACAUAUAGGAUAUACUCUUUGUAUAUGUUUGCAUACGUCUAUAUACACUAAUGAUUUUUUCAUAUGAUUAAUAUAUAUGUUCAAACUCAUGAAAGCCAUAUAAAGAUCAAGAAAUUCAAAUAACUCAUCUUGUAAUCCUUGUGUCAUAGUUUACUGCAUUACACAUCAUCCGCUUAAUCAAACACAUGU